AUAAAUACACAACAUCCAGUUAGCUAUUCCAUACUUUUCAGUGGUCUUUACGCAGUUUUUGGCUAACAAGGAAGUAAACAGCGCUCGUCAUGAAACUUUGGCUUGUUCUUGCUAUAGUGGUGGGAAUCAUUCAGUGUCAAAGAGUGCUAAGCUGUGGUGGCGGAGGUAGCGGUGGUGGCGGCGACGGUGGCACUGGUGGAGGUGGUGGUGGUGGGCAAGGCGGCGGUGGGGGUGGUGGAGGCGGAGGAUCUGGCGGCGACGGAGGUAGUGUACAGCGUAGCUUUGCUCCAGGCCCAGGAGGUGCUGGCGGUAACAUGGACGAUGAUGAUGAUGGCAGUGGCAGUGGGGAUUCUGAACCUGAAAAUCGCAGGCCCUGGGGGAGGUAAUGGCGAUGAUGGUGGUGGCUGUAGAGGCGCUAGGAAAGUUUUGGUUCUGGCGUGUACAGACAGAUGGAAAUUGACCACCGAGCAAAAGUGGAAUAUCAAGCUCUUAAUGCCCUUCCUUUAAGAAAUAAGCAAUGCAGUUAGACGAAUUGUCGAAAUGCAGUUUAGUUUUGAUGUAUUAAUCGUGGUGAUAAUGUAAUGUAAAAAGCACGGUAAUAAAAGUGACAGAGUUAAACACGA